UAUGAAUUGAAAUUAGUGUUAUGGAGGAAGGGAAGUGUUUGACACAAAAACUGAAAAUGUGAAUGGCAAUGAGAGAGCGAGCUUGUUCAAAACAUGGUCCUCAAUUUUCGGACACAAACACGCACUCUCUAUCGCACUCUAUAACUCGCAACCUUAACAACCCAAAAAAAAUGGACACAGAGCAAUCCCGAUUCAACAAUGGCGACACUUUUGGAGACCUACUCCUGCGCACCCUCCACGGAGCGCGGCCGCGGCAUCCUCAUCUCCGGCGACACCAAAUCCAACAACAUUCUGUACUGCACCGGCCGAUCCGUAAUCAUCCGCAACCUCGAGAACCCGCUCCAGGUCUCCGUAUACAGUGAGCAUGCCUACCCUGUCACGGUGGCGCGUUACUCCCCCAACGGCGAGUGGAUCGCCUCCGCCGACGUCUCCGGCACCGUCCGCAUCUGGGGGACGCGUAACGAAUACGUUCUGAAGAACGAGUUUCGGGUCCUCUCGGGUCGGAUCGACGACCUCCAGUGGUCCUUCGACGGAAUGAGGAUCGUCGCUUGUGGGGACGGCAAGGGCAAGUCCUUCGUUCGCGCCUUUAUGUGGGAUUCAGGUUCCACUGUUGGUGAUUUUGAUGGCCAUUCGCGACGGGUUUUAAGCUGUGCCUUUAAACCAACAAGGCCAUUCCGCAUUGUCACGUGUGGAGAAGAUUUUUUGGCGAAUUUUUAUGAUGGUCCACCGUUCAAGUUCAAUAUGUCCAUCAGGGACCAUUCGAAUUUUGUCAACUGUGUGAGAUUUUCUCCAGAUGGGAACAAAUUUAUUACUGUUAGCUCGGAUAGGAAGGGCAUUAUAUAUGAUGGAAAGACAGGGAACAAACUUGGUGAGUUGUCCCCGGAGGAUGGUCACAAGGGCAGCAUAUAUGCAGUUAGUUGGAGUCCUGACAGCAAACAGGUUCUUACUGUGUCCGCUGAUAAAUCAGCAAAAGUAUGGAAUAUUGUUGAGGAUGGUAGCAGUGGAACCCUUCAUAAGACUUUGUCAUGUACUGAAUCUGGCGAGGUGGAGGACAUGCUUGUUGGUUGUCUUUGGCUGAAUGAUUUUCUGCUUACUAUAUCUCUUGGUGGCAGGACCAAUUUAUAUUCUGCUAAGGAUUUAGAUAAAAGCCCGUUGUCAAUAUGUGGUCACAUGAAAAAUGUCACCAUUUUGACUCUUCUAAAAAAAAGUGAAAAGAUGCUUUUGACCAGCAGCUAUGAUGGAGUGAUCAUUAGAUGGAUUCCAGGCAAGGGAUACGCUGGCAAGGUUGACAAUAAACAAUUCGGAUUAAUCAAAUUGUUGGUAGCUGGGGAAGAUGGUGUUAUUGCUUCUGGAUUUGACAACAAGGUAUACAGAGUUCCUCUUGAAGGGGAUACUUUGGGUCUUGCUGAAACUGUUGAUGUUGGAAGUCAGCCUAAGGAUUUGAGCCUUGCACUUGACCACCCUGAGCUUGCCAUCGUUGCAGUUGAAUCUGGAGUUGUCUUACUAAAGGGUGCAAAAGUUCUUUCCACUGUAAAACUGGACUUUAUUGUGACCACGGCUGCUCUUUCACCUGAUGGCAGUGAAGCAAUUGUGGGAGGGCAAGACGGCAAAUUGCGCAUCUAUUCAGUCUCAGGGGAUACAAUUACUGAACAGACUGUACUCGAGAAGCACCGAGGCGCCAUCACCGUAAUCAAAUACUCUCCAGACGUUACCAUGUUUGCAUCAGCUGAUUUGAAUCGUGAAGCUGUUGUAUGGGACCGUGCUUCCAAAGAGGUGAAGCUUAAUAACAUGUUGUUUAACACUGCACGUAUUAACAAUCUAGCUUGGUCACCUGAUAGCACACUGGUAGCUACUGGUUCACUUGACACAUGUGUGAUUAUAUAUGAAGUUGGAAAACCAGCAUCAAGCCGCAGAACCAUAAAGGGUGCUCAUUUAGGUGGAGUAUACGGAUUAACUUUUAUUGAUCAUGAUAGAGUGGUCAGUUCAGGGGAGGACGGUUGUGUUCGUCUCUGGAGUUUGAUUUCUGAGUAAACUAUGCAUCAGAAUAUCCAGUUUUACAGUAAGGAAAAUUGAUAGUUGUCAUGUAUUGAUUGUGUUGAUGAUCUUCAGUUUUAUGCAACGGUUAUGUAGUGGUGAAAAAAAAAAAUUAAGAUUGCAGUAGUGUUGUGGUGUGCACAAUUGAUAGAUGUCUCUGAAGACUUAACAGUCAGAUAUCUUAUCCAAGCUAAUUUUUGUUAUCUGCAGAGGUGGGAAACUGCUGGUUAUUUCCAAAGAAAUUGACGAUAAAUUAUGUUCUUGUCUAACCAAAAUAUCAAUGCAGGUAAUGGAAUAGCACUUCCACCUAUCAAAGCAAUUUAAUCCUGUCCCUGUGGGCAUUUGAUGAAAGCAAUUAAGUACAGUUUUUGUUUAGGAAUCAUGGAUUGUAGCCAUCCAAUUACUUUUUCCUGUAUAAUUCGAAUUAAGAACAUGUAAACACUUUUGUUUUCUCGACAAUGUAAUCCUAAGUUCAUAUUUCACUUAAGUUCAUAGUUCAU